CUGGCCUUUUUCCAGUUGAGUUCACCUCUUGGCUCUUGCCUCCUGCAUCUCUAGAGAGGCACAUCCCAGCUCCAAGCUUCGCGCCUUGUUGGAUCGUGGCGUCCAAGCAACGGUGGUAGCGGAGCGCGAGGCAGUGGCCGCAGAAGGAAGCGCGAAGCAUCCAUGGACCAACGCCAGGUGGUUAGCGAGAAUUAUGCCAAUCCCAUAACAUGCUUCUUCCAUGUGCUAUUCAAGGCGGGGGCGCUAGCCUUCUACAUCCUAUUCUCGCUCUUUGUGAAGAGCUUCGUCAUCAUCUUCGUGAUCACGGUGCUCCUCGCAGCGCUUGACUUCUGGGUGGUGAAGAACGUCAGUGGCAGGAUACUAGUCGGGCUGCGGUGGUGGAAUGAGAUCGAUGAUGACGGAAACAGUGUGUGGAAGUUUGAAUGCCUUGAUGGGGAGUCUCUCGCUCGGAUGAACAAGAAGGAUUCAUGGCUGUUCUGGUGGACUCUUUACUUGACUGCUGCUGCAUGGAUCGUUCUUGGUAUAUUUUCACUCAUCAGGCUUGAGGCUGAUUACCUUCUUGUUGUUGGAGUUUGCUUGAGUCUAAGCAUUGCAAACAUUGUUGGAUUCACCAAGUGCAACAAAGAUGCCAAGAAGAACAUCCAGACUUUCGCUCAAAAUGCACUCGCUUCCCGUGUCACAUCAUCGCUGCAAUCAGCAUUCGGUGUCAUCUGAAGUCCCACGCGGAGGCCCUGGUAUUAGUAUAUUACUCACAGCGGUGUACAAUUUGUCAAAAGGAUGAGCUUGCAUUCUACGUUUACUGCCUUUCCUCUGAUUGCAAGGAUGUAAUUCUACCAGCGUAGACAGCAAGCAUAUUGUACUGUCCCGUUAUCAUUCUUUUUUACCUCAUACAACAAAUAGGUCGAUUUUGAUGUCAUUACCAGAAUCCUUUGGUUUAUCUCUUGGGUGAUUUAUCCAUGAAGCAUACACUUGUCUC